AUGACCUCUUAUGAAUUUCGGAUUGGUUUUCCCAGCGUUCGGCAUUCAGCCGUCAGCCUUCUCGUUACCGAAGUACACCGUUAUACGAUCUCCAAUCCGCCUUUUCCAUCAUCAACACCUCGCUCAGAAAUCAUUCGUACCUUGAGCUAUCUCAUUUCAUGGUUCCAAUCAAUCAAGAUGCCCUCUGCUAUUACUGGAACUGUGUGCAUGGAGCUCAUAAAGGUAAUCAGUCGGCUUCUCGACGAGGCACUAGACUACCAACAGCCCAUUCCAUCUUCAUCCGCUCUACCAAUAACAGCCAAUCCUCAUGACACUGGAAAUAUGGACAUAAAUUCAACCAAUAACACCACUACCAUCCCUUCACAGCUCCCUGAAGAGCCGGAUAUCCCGGGAUCUCAACAGCAACAACUACAAGGACUAAUGCCGGACGGCGGUCCAAUGGAAUCGUUAUGGUUCGGGAUGGGAAUGGAAUAUAGUGUCGGCGAUGACGCGUUCCAUGGUGGGCUUGUGGGCGAUGGGAUGAAUUGGCUGGAUGAGUUAGGGUUGAACACGGAAUUGGAUGAUCGUGGGGGAGUUGGGUCUUGUCUUCAUCGCAGGGAGCUAUACCACCACUUUCUUGAAGCUGUAUAG